AUGGAGAGCUCUAGCGAUUCCGACCACCGGACAAUCAUCACUUCCGGUGCAGCUCCUCGCAAGACCUACAACAUUGUCGCAGCAACGACGGCUCUGGUUGUCUUCGGCUUCCUUGCGUACGCGCUCACUCAAAUCAUGGUGAAGCUGAGCGCGAACAAGCACAGAAACCUGAACAUCUACUACGCGUCUGGGCUUGUGCACGGCGGCACGCUCCUCAGCGUCAUGGACCGGGGCGUGGUGCAAUACCUAAACCUGCGCUAUGCCCAGGUACCGGAGCGCUUCGGCCUGGCCGAGCCGUACGAGGCCAAAGUGACCGGUGACGAGAUGCAGGACCAUCCGCAGCCGUGCGCCCGUGGCGCGUACAAUGCGUUCCCGUCGCACCCGUUUCCUAUGUCGGAACAGUUCGAGGACUGCCUCUUCCUCAACGUUUGGACUCCGCUCAGGGGAAAAGGCGAAGAGGACGCCUCGCCGAAGGCCGUUGUGGUCGUUCUCGUGGGCGGCAACUUCAUGUCCGGCGGAAGCGGCGACUACGAUUUGUUCGACGGAUCGGUCAUGGCCUCCCUCUGGAAUCAGGUGAUUGUUAUUCCGAACUAUCGUGUCGGUAUGCUUGGUUUCUACACGAUGCCUGGCGAUAACACCACCCAUGGCGCUGGCAUCGCCGACCAGGUCCUGGUGCUCGAGUGGGUGCGCACGCACAUCUCGUCGUACGGCGGCGACCCAAAGAAGGUCACUCUCCUCGGCCACGAGGCCGGCGCCACCGCCGUGGGCCUGCACCUCUUGUCUCCGACUAGCUCGGCGCUCUUCAACCGUGCAAUACUGCUGAGCGGCUCACCGUACCGUCCCAUGCCCAUGCAUGCGGACAGCAUAAUACGCGACAUUUCUCACGAGCUUCUCUGCAGCGACGAAGUUGAGGCACCCGGCUCCGACGAGCACAUCACCAGCUGUCUCAAGAUGAAGUCGGUGCAAAGCUUGCUCGAGCACCUGCGAUGGGCCACGCUUGGCGGGGCUGUGGCAACGUUCAACCCUUGGCUCGGCGGAACUCCAGUUGACCUGUACCGGAGAUCCCCGCAGGUCGAAUACGGCGAAGCGGAUGGCGGUGUCUUCGAGAGCGGGAAGGACGUUCUGGUCGGCACCACAGACAAUGAAGGCAGCGCAUACACGAGCGCCCUGCUCAGCUUCUUCGGUGUCGAGCACGAGACCGACAUCGACAGAGGGACGGCCUCGCACAUCCUGGAGGCCUACCUGAGGCACCACAACAUCAGAAUCGACGAGCGAACUCUGGAGACGUUCCUGCAGCGCAAUGACACCAGCAGCACUGUCGGUGCCCUCGCGCGCGCUAUUGGCGACUUUACGGUGCACUGCCCGGUGAAGCGAUUCAUAGAGAGCUACACGCGAAGCGGACAGCGGCGGUUUGGCGGCCCCAACGUCUACGCGUACUAUUUCCGGCACGUUCCAAACUUCCGCUGGUGGCCGUACUGGAUGGGCUCGCCCCAAAUGCUCGACUGGCUCUACCUGUCGGGAAAUCUGCAGAGUCUGCGUUCGGAGAAGAUAAACAUCGGGGACACGGAAAUUCUUCUCUCCAAGAAUCUCGCCAUCUUAUUGUCCUGCUUCGCAUUGACAGGUAAUCCACAGAAAUGCUCCCAUUCGCCGUCUGCCCACUGGAUGAAGACGACCAAUAGCAACGUCCGCACCCUGGUUGUGGAAAAUGCCACCACACUGGUGAUGCGGGACGGUUUGCCGUUCGGCGAAGCCUGCCAAAAGUGGGACGCGGUUUACGCGAAUUACUCUGCUGCUGCCACAAGGACUCAGGACUCCGCAGAACACGUCCUGAAUGACACCCGGAUACAGCUGCAGCGAAUGCAGCCAGAAGGCAAAGACUGGGUGAAUAAUCAGACCCGCCGAGGAGGGAUUCAGCCGCUGGCAAUCACGCGCCUUUCCAUCGGCGGACACCGAGUCCCUACGUGGGCGAAGUAUCUCGCCGGCUUUAUCAGGGAAAACAAUUUGGAACGCUUGAACUGGACCAAUAUUGACACGGGUGCCAGGGACAGUGCUUCUGAUGGAGGCGGCGCGUAGGAAUUUCGCCAAAGAGAAAUAACUUUAAAACGAUGUGAUUGACGAGAGGCUGUUUUCUUGUUUCUUGACUCCGCGGCCAGCGAAAUGCCUGCGAUUUCUACUGUACUGUUGUUGAUUGAAGUUUUCUUAACGCCCUGAGUUGUGUUGCUUAGAAAGAAAAGAAAUCGAUGUCUCAAAACGAGAUUUGAGAAAAGUGACUGCCAGUAUUGACGAGACUUUCAGUCCUAAACAUACACCGGGACAGCGAGGGGUGCAAUCACUGUAGAAGCCUCAGGAGAUCGCGCCGUCUGCCCUACACUUCCUUAGCCUGUCCCUAAAUCCCUGCAAGCGACUUAUCGCACCGAGGCUCCACUGCAAACCAUUCUUUGUGUACAGCAACAGAACAUGUUGUGCGUCUUUCCAUUGCAGCUCUUGAGUGCA